AUGGUAAUUAAGGAUUAAGUCAAAGAGAUGUAAUUAAAGCAAGUAUUCCUAGAUCUAAUGGAAUCUCUAAUCAUCGAAGUUAAUUUCGGAAUAGUUCAAAAGUAAAAAGAUAACUUCGAAGCUAAUCUUAAAAUCAAGAAGAUUACCAAUUUAAGCAGAUUUAACUUUCAACUUAGCAGCAUCAUUAGUAAUAAUAAUAAAUCUAGGAAGCAAAAUAAUCUAUUGUAGCGUAAAGACCUUAGACAGCAACAAAUACCAGGACUAAAUCUAGGCAUCAUCAAAAACUUAGUUCUAGAUCUUAAGAGUAAAAGAUAGUCAUUCCGUUAAAGAAAAAAUAAUUACUGCCCUUCUAGCCUAACCAAGAGAGUUAAGCAAUAAAUAGCUAAAGGUCUAAUGGUCAUUAACAUGUUGAUGUUAACUCUUAGACAUAUUAGCCAUAAAUUCAAAGAUCUUAGUAGCAGAAAUAAUAAUAAGAAGAUCAAAUAGAGGGAAAAUUGCAAAUUCCUUCAGUAAACAACCUCUAGACUAUUGAGUAGAUUUACUCUAAUAAUUUAAGUUCAUCCAAUAUGCAAUCGAUUCAACAUUAAAUACCUAGCUAAAGGAUUCUUCACAUAUCCAAGUAAUCAAAGAAAUUAAAAUCAAAGUGAUAAUAGAUCAACGUCAAUGGUCUCAGGUAGGUCUUCAGAGACACCGGGAAGAGGUUUUAAUUAAAAUAUAAAUUCCCUAGUGAAAAAGUAAUUCAAAGAAGAUUCAUAGUAAUUUUCUAUUGUCAGUAUUAGCAAUGUUAACUCAACAGAUUAAAAGCCAAAAGUUGAUAUAUCUAGCACUGGUGGGUCCAAUAGUUAAUUUCUAAGCAAGUUGAGAUUUAAAAAAGUUUAAGGAAGAAAUUUGAAUGAAUAAUUUUCAUUACAGUAUAUUUCAGCCAAUUAAAGCUCUGUAGGAGCGGCUGUAGGAAAAAAUUAAUAUGUUAAUUAAGGCAUGACUAAUAGUAGCAAUUAGUCAUAAAAUUCAUAUAUUAACAGCAAAAGAUAAUAAAUAUAAAGCAGUAAUACCAACAAUGAAGAUGGGAAUAAUAGUAAAAAUUUGUUUAACACUCAGGACUAAGAUAUUUAGAUUUUAAAAAAUUCAAAGCUUUUUAACCAACAGAACAUUGGAAUAUCCAGAAACAUUAACAAUAGAAUACUAGCGUCAUCAUCUUCUAAUUCUUAAUAAACUUAUCCCAAUAUAUCAUAAUCUCCUGCUUAUAGAAGUGGAUAGUCUGUAUCUGGAGGGUCAAUUAUCUAAAAGAUAAAUUUUGCUGAAUAGCAGGUUCAAGAAAAUGAGAAGAUAUUUCAAGAGCAGUCAUUCUCAUUCAAAUCUAGUUAGUAGCAGCAACAAGAUGCACCAAAAUAACUCUCUAGAUAAAAAUCUGGUCAGUUUUAUAAUUAAAUACAUCUCAAACAAGAUUCUAAAGCUUAAGCAAAUAUCUAUUCAUCAAGAAAUGAGAAAUUGCAAAAAAAUUAUUUUUCAACUUAACAGGAUCAUAAAAAUAGAGACAUUUAAAAUAGUAACUCUAAUAAAAACUACUUUAACCAAAGAGGUAAUUCUCAUGCAAUAAUUUAAGACUAUGAAAUGGUAAAUGAUUAGGAAGAGUAAUAAAGUUCAUCUGAUCAAAAUUAAAUGAUAACUCAGGAAUAAUAUGAAUAACAAAAACUUCUAAUCUUAUAAUAGCUGCAUUAAAACUAGAUGGAAUCAAUUCCAAGAACUAAAACAUAGAGCAUAGAUUUGUCAUAUAUUGAGAAGUCAACUCCCUACUUAAGAGAUAUCACUCUUUCUGAGACUUAUAUAGCGAAAGUAGGUGAGACCACGAAUGAAGAUUUCAAGGAUAUUUUGACAAUGAUAAAUGAUAAUAACAAAUGA